AGGGAGAUUCUUUGUGGGUCUCCGCAUCGCCACAUCAGACAGACACUGGCUCGGGGAGACCCAAAUCCCUGUCUCAGGUCUUACUGAACCGACAGUGAGGGUGAGAGACCACAUCCACUGGGACCAGACUGAGCCCUUGUCCCCUCCCUGCCCCCAUGGAGCUACUCACCUCCAGCUGCAUGUGCGGAGCCCCCAGCGCUGCCCCUGGUCAUCAGUGCCGAUGGAUCCGGUUCAAUGGAGGAGGAGUCCUCAUCGUUGCUCUGUCCAGAGGGAACAAACAGGGUCAGCACAGCAGACUCAGAUGCUGCAAGCUUUGCCUCCCUAGGCCUGUUCCUUGAGGAAUGCUCUCAGCACUGUUGUACCCCUGGGGCCACAUGAGCCUAAGCUUCUGUGGCCACCACGCCCUUGUCCAACGGCUGUGUGCAGUCCUGGCAGGCUGGGCCUCUCUCACCUCCUGGCUCCAUCAUUUCAAUGCCCACUUCAAACCGUGCUGCUAAAUUGCUUUCUCUGAGAAGCUCAUGGGGCAGCCAGGGUCACCCUUGGGAGCUAUGUGGCAUCCAGGAUUGUAAGGAGAUGUGCCCUUAGUUGAGCAGGAGGCAGGGAGUUCUGUUCUUCUCCACAGCCACUGACCAGACUCCACAGGUCAAAGUCUCCAGGGACACGUUCCAGGAUAAAAUGCCUAUUGCUGCUGUCCCCCAGGCUGAGAUCCUGCCCCCGACACUGAGGUGAGCAGUUUAACAGUCCAAGGAGCCCACCUGCUACCUCCAGGGUAAGCAACAUACUGCUAACAACUGCCACGCUCAGAGGCCCAAAAUAAGGAGAGUGAAACGCCUGGCUGGCCAGAGAGACACCAUGUACCGUACACAAGGAAGGUGAUUGCACCUUGGGAUAAACCUUGUUCCUUCGGCUCUUCAUGCUGCUGCGGAGUUUAGUGAAGAGGGACUGUGGUCCUUAGAUGCUGAAUGCUGGCUCGCUGCCAGGAGACAGGAUCUGCAUGAACUAGAGGUCAAGCUGCAGCUGCCCUCGCACCUUGUCAGGUCUGCCACGCCUGGAUUGCAGCCUGAACCAUCUGUGCCAGACAACACCAUGAACCAUGCAGUAAGCUGCUCCAGCCUUCACUGCACUAUUUGUCUUGAAUUCACAGGGCUCAGCCCACUAAGGACUGGGGUUGGAGCUGGAUGACCACGUAGGGGCUGCUGGAGCCAGCACCCCCUUUGGCCCGCAGUGACUGGGCAUUCAGGACGGUCACGCGGAGUGCUGGUACCACACGUUGGUCUAAUUCUCCAUGGCAACAGCACAGGCCCCUCAUGUGACCUGUGACCCUGGCAACUGCCUCCUUGACUCUUCCCUAGCCCCUGCGCCUGGGAGCUACGGCUGCGGCAUGGGCAGUGUGGGCAGCCUGGUGGAGAAGCAGGACUUGACGCCCGUGGAGCUGCGGACCGUGCUGGGAGGCUCGCGGGGGUUCCGGCAGCCGGACGGCCUGCUUCGCAAGGGCCCGAGCCAGCGGGAGCUCUUCAGCUACCUGCACAGUGCCAGGAAGGAGCCCCGGGCCGAGAGGAAGCACCAGGUGCUGGGGGCAUCCUGCAACCGGGACUACGAGAGCGACCGUGAGAACCGGUCCCCUGACUGCUACUCCCGUGAGCCCCACCGGGGGGCAGACUUCUCCAAGAGCUCGCUGCCGGAGCGGGGCCGCUUUGACAAGUGUCGAAUCAGGCCAUCGGCUUUCAAGGCAGUGGCUGGGAAAGGCCUGGUCUCCAUGCAGGGUCUGGCCUCAUCUAAAGGGCAGAAGCUGUCAAAGAGCAAUGGGAGCCUGCAUACCCUCCUGUCCCAGAGCAGCACCAGCGCCUCCUCCCAGCAUGGCCAUGUGCGCACCCAUCUGCUGCACACCAUCAGCUUAGAUGAGGCCUCCAGUUCCAGUCACAACUCCAUCCAGAGCUUCCCCAUCUACCCUCCCCACUUCAAACCUGCACAGGGCCAGUUCAGCGCCUCCAUGGGCCACAUCAACCACAUUGGGGGCUCCCUUGACAGGGCCUCCUGGGGCCCCCGAGAUCCCCUGGAAGUGGAGAAAGCACCUCUGUCCUGCAAGAGCAUGGCCACGCUAAGCCGUCUGCAAAGCUCCGGGGAACCCCCACCCCCCUACGAGUUCACCUACUCCCUGGAGGACGUAGUGAAGCAGCUAGAGGACCGACUGCAGGAGAAGAGUGGGGAGCUGUGGCAGUUGAAGAGGAGCCUUAGUGAGACUGAAGACCCCUUCACACAGGUUUUCGAGGACAAACAACAUCUGUGGAUGGAUGCACUCGACGAGCUGAAGCAGAUGUAUGUUGCCAAGCUGCAGCAGGUGACCCAGCAGGCCCAGCGCAGCCAGCGGGCGCUGCAGUUGCAGCUCUACAAAGCACAGCAGGAGAAGAAGCGGCUGCAGGAGGAGCUGAGCCUGCACCAGGGCCAGUGCGAGGAGCUGAGGCAGUGGCAGCAGCAGUGUGAACGUGUCAGCCCCAAACUAGAAGAGACCAGGUGGGAGGUUUGUCAGAAGGCAGCUGAGAUUUCACUGCUCAAGCAGCAGCUUCGAGACUCCCAGGAGGAGCUGGCCCAGAAACUCAGUGAGAUCUUCAGCUUGAAGACCCAGCUGCGGGAGGCCCAGGCAGAGAUGCAAGCCAAGGACUCACAGCUGGCCCAGAUAGGGGACUCCUUCCAGGCCCCACCAGAGCCCAGCUCCUCCCUCCCUUUGGGGGAUGCUCCCAUGCCUGUCUGCCAGGACUUUUCUAGCUGUGAAACUGAUGACUCCAAGUGUUGGGGUCUUCACAGCGAGAGUGGUGAGCCCCCGGAGAGGCAGAUGGAGUGGCUGUGGGCAGAGCUGCUGCGUGAGCGGCGCCAGGGCCAGCUGAAGGCUGUGAACUUUGAGCUGGAGCGGAAAACCUGGCAGGAGGAGAAGGAGAAAGUGCUGCGCUACCAGAGGGAGAUCCAGGCAAGCUACAUGGAGAUGUACCACCGCAGCCAGGCUUUGGAAAGGGAGCUGCGGCAGCUGCGGGCUGAGCCCAGAGAUGCUGACGCAGACUCACCCUGGAUCGAGAGAGUUGAGUCUUCAAAAAUCUGAAUGGGAAGCCAGCAGCCUGGACUGGGAAGGAGCAAGAGCUCUUGGGAUGGUACCCAGGCUGCACCAUGGACUGCUUGGGCUAGCCAAGGGGGCUUCUCCAUUCAGACUGAUGAUGCUGUGAGUACUGCAGGUCCAUCCCUGGAGGAGUCUCAGGAGCAAGUGUUACUUCUGCCUCUGCAGCAGGGACCUGUGCUCCACCAACUGCCUUUGGCAGAGCAAGUUUGCACCAUGAUUUUUACUGUCUGGCAAACAGAAGCCCAGCAUCAAAUGGGAUUUCCUGUUCCUCCUCCCCAUCCCCUGCUGCUUCCUACCCAGGAAGGGCUCUGACCCUGCUGGGGAGAUGCCCAGCUUCUUCUCCUUACGCUGUCCAAGCUGCAUGCCUGCCAGUCUUGCUGCAUGUCCUUCACACUGGGGCUGCACUGGCCGCAGCAGAGAAAACCUGCCCUGCUGUGCCUGUGAUGGGUGCCCAUGCAGGUAACCUUGCCUUGGGGUUUGAGGCCUGGGAAAUGUGACACAGAUGCUGUGGAGCACUUUCUGCCGGGGCUUGAGCUGCCCUGGCACCUGGCUCUGCUGGAGUCUCUGCAGCAGGAGAAAAGGAGAGACUAUAGGGCUCAUGCCACAGGGGGACAGGUUCAGGGGCUUUGCAUGCCAUCCAGGGCUGUGGCCUCUGUGCUGAGGCUUCUCGUGCUGCUUUGGAGAUGGAGAGGAGCUGGGCUGGUAUCCUGACAUAGAGCAGGGCGGAUAGAAAGCAGCUCCUGCCCGAGAGCAUGCACCAUCGCUCAGACCUAUCCUUGCCCACCCUCCCCUGUUCUGGCCCAGCCAACAUCUGGGUAUGAAGCUUUCUUGUGAGGCAGUAGCACAUGCCUAGUGAAAUGAGAUAAAUGAAGAACCUUUUCCCCCACUGGCCUGGCCUGGCCUAGCCCAGCCCAGGGGGAGGGGAGGGGAGGGACGGGACCUGCCUGUGUAUGUGUAGAGUGAGUGCUCACAGGAGAGCAUCUGGUGGGGUCACAGGCACAAGUGCAAUUGGGGAAAGUGUGGUCAGCUUUCCCCCCAUUCAGCUGCAGAGCACCCAGAGCUGCCUUUCACCAGAAUGUAGGCUGUGGCUUGGUGCUGAGGGGUGGGCAGGGGCAGGCUAGCACCAUGAGGUGGGGUAGGGGGCUGGCUGCUGGGUGCUCUGGAUAUGAAGGUCCAGGCCUGGCACAGCUCUGCUCAGCCUCUCCUGGAAUAAAUCUGAAUUUGGUACUUCUGGCUCCUGUGGCUACUUCUUUCUCUCCCUCCAUGGGGGUGACCCCAGCGGCUGGCCUUGGAUUCUCAUGUGGGUGAGUUACAGGCCUCCCAGCUGACAGUGUAGGGCAGCAGUGAAGCUGGUAUUUACUCUGCAGCCAA